UGUGAACAAGUACAUCUCUGCUUGUCCUUUAUCACCUUCUAUGGAUCCAACAAUGGAUGUGAAUGAACAUUCACUUGAAGAUGUUCCUAUGCUAACUGGAGACAAUUAUAAGAGUUGGAAGAAAAAUAUGGAAGAGUAUCUGUCUGAAAAGGGACUCUGGCAUCACAUCAGCGAACCUCAACCAGAAGAGGCAGAAUAUGGUUGGGUAGAACAAGAUUUAAAAGUUUUGAUGAAAAUCGAAGAGACCUGUGAUCGCAAGAUCCAUCCAUACAUUAAAUCACUGUCCCCAGCUAAGGUUAUUUGGGACCAAUUAGCUGUAAUGUAUGGGAAAAUGGAUGACUUCGGCCCAAGAUGGAAAGGGAAAGUGAGCACUUGUUAUACAUGGUGUUUGCCCUUCUUCAAUGCAAUCGCAACAGGUGAAUGGAGUAAAGUGGAAGAAUUUGUAAACAAGAAUAGAGGAACCCUGACCGCUAGAAUCACAGUGAAUGGAGAAACCCCUCUUCACAUUGCAGCUAAGUUUGGAAAAGAAAGUAUUGUAAAGGAGCUGUUGCUCAGGAUGGAUGAAGAAAGUGUAAAGAAACGGGCACUCAACGAAGCAACAGCCCUCCAUUUUGCUGUCAUACAAGAACAACUACAAAUUGCAAAGGUCCUUGUGAAUAAAGUGGAGGCUCUGGUGCUGAUGAAGUUCGAAAACAUGACGGCCGUUGCCUUGGCAGCCAAGUGCCGUCACAAGGAUUUGGUGGCUUAUUUAUGCCCCAUUACACUUAAGGAGGAAGAUAAGUUCAAAGGGUUAGCAAAACCAAAAGAUUAUGAAUGUGUGAGUGCAGAGAUCGACCAAAACCGGGCUACGCUUCUUACUUCAUUGAUCAACGUCAAUUUUUUCGAUGAGGCUUUAGAUAUAUUCAAUCGAUUUCCAAAUUUAGUCUUGACCGAAGACAUCCAUGGGAAAACAGCCGUGCAUUCACUCGCUCGAAAUACUUCUGCAUUCCGAAGAUCCAGUUGGUUUUUUCAACGACGCAUCUAUUCAUGUUUAAAUCUGAAGUUCUUUUGUAACGGUCGGGGCAGAAAUCAAGAUGAAGAAAAUUUAAAUCAAGCCUGUGAGGAAAUGGAAGCACCAACCACAUGUCUGAAGAAAAUAAACCCAGAAGAUUUGCAAUAUCCCAAUGCUCUUCGGUUACUGGACAAAAUUUGUGUGGAAAUUUCAGUAAUAGACAUCAAUGAUGCCCAGAGCAAAGCACUGAUGACUUCAACCAUUUUCUCCGCCAUUCGAAUUGGGAAUGUUGUAUUUGUUACGGAGAUGCUCAGAUAUUGUCCUCAGUUUGCAUAUUUAUUUGACGAUAAUGACUUGGGCAUAAUCCAUCAAGCGAUUAUUCACCGCCGAAAGAAGAUUUUCAACCUUAUUGAUUCAAUGGAUCUCCCAAGACAAAAAAUGGUCAGAUAUCGUAGUUCAGAAAAGGAAAACAUAUUGCAUAUAACUGCAAAACGGGCGCCCAUUGAUCGACUCAAUCAAAAACAUAGUCCAGCCAAGGAGUUGCAGAACGAGUUACGGUGGUUCAAGUUAAUAGGAAAUACAGUCCCACCCACCCUUCAAGACUCUGUAAACAACAAGGGUCAGACGCCUGCAAUGCUAUUCAUGGAGGAGCAUAAAGAGUUAUGGAAUGAUGCAAAGCAGUGGCUCAAGGACACGGCCAACUCGGGUAUGGUUGUGGCCGCACUUGUUGCCUCGGUGAUGCUUUCAACAGCAUUAUCUCUACCAUCCCUCUCCGGCACCGGAAAAGCUGAUACAGGCGAAAUCCACAUCAAGUUUACUAAUCACAACCAUUUCUACAAUGUUGUUAUAGCAACUAUGAUCUCACUGUUCUUUGCUUCUGCUUCUUUGUUGUCUUUCCUAUCCGUCUAUAUCUCACACCAAACAGGAGACGACUUCCUACAUCACUUGCCUCGCAUGUUAAGCAUGGGUCUUUUAUUUCUCUACAUCUCUGUGUCAGCCAUGAUAGCCACCUUCAUCACUACCAUUUUCAUGGUUUUUCGUAAUGGGAUUGUGAAGGUUAUGCUCCCACCCGCCCUUCUAGCUAUUAUCCCAGUUCUGGCAUUCGCUGCAUUAAGCCAAUUUCCUGUCUUCAAAGACAUGUUGUUCUCCUCCUAUGGGCUAAACAGAUUCACCAAGCGUAGGAAAGGAUAUUUCUAAGAAAAGAAUGCAUAGCUGCUGCCACCAUUGCUCAAAUCUCAAACACCAUAUAUAUCCAGUUGGAUGAACGUGUGUGGAUUGCUGCUUUUAUGUUUUUCUUUUAAUUUUGAUUUUGUUAUUAAUUAGAUUACUACAAGCAUUCGCAUUCAGAGGGACAAUUCAUUUUUCACUCCCAUGACAGUGAAAUGAAAUGCACUAGACUGAC